AUGGCGGCAACCACCAGCAAGCACCAAGUCGUCAUCGUCGGCGGCGGCGUGACUGGCCUCGUGCUCGCGCUGUGUCUGGAGCGUCUGCAGGUCGACUAUGUGCUCCUCGAAGCCUACAGCGCCAUGGCACCCGACGCGGGCGCGAGCAUCCUGGUCCUGCCCAACGGCCAGCGGAUCCUGGACCAGCUCGGCGUCCUGGACAAGGUCGCGGCCGCCGGCCUGCCCCAGGGCCACAUCAUCUACCGCGACGGCGUGACGGCCAAGAGCCUGAGGCACAGCCACGUGGCGGACGAGUACCGGAAGCGGCACGGGUACAACUCGCUGUGGUCGUCGCGGCACCGCAUCAUGCGGGCGCUGUUCGAGGCCGUCGCCGACAAGGACAGGCUUUUGACGAACAAGCGCGUGACCAGGAUCGACGACUCGCGACCCGACGCCGCCGUCGUGUAUACCGAUGACGGGUGCGUCUACGAGGCUCAGGUGGUGGCCGGCUGCGACGGCGUGCACAGCACCGUCCGCAAGGAGAUGUGGAGGCACGCGGACCUCGACGACCCCAAAUGCGUCCCCGCGGCGGACAGGGACGAGGUGGCGUGCGAGUACGCGUGCUUUUUCGGCGCUGGCACCUGCUCACCGAGAGUGCAGGAGGCAAUCCCGGAGAACUGGGGCGCGCUGGUGUCGAUGCAAGACGCCCAGAUCGUACUGGGCCGCGGGCUGGACAACGAGAUCUACAUGCUCCGCACGUGGGCGCUGCCGCAGGAGCAGCGCCGAUGCGCCAUAGACGGCGUGCCCCGCUUCCCCAAGGAGGAGCAGGAGCGGGCGAUGGACAAGUUCCGGGACGUCGUCAUCGCCGACGACGGCCUCCGCAUGCAGGACCUCUUUGACAACCUCAGCCGCAGCGGCGUCACGGCCCUGCCGCACUACACGCUCCGCAAGUGGUCGCACGGCCGCAUCAUAUGCCUGGGCGACACCGUCCACAAGUUCAACCCGGUCGCCGGCCAGGGCGGCAACAGCUGCAUCGACUCGUGCGCACUGCUCAUCAACGCCCUGCAGGAUCACAUCGCCGAGGACCUGGCCGGGCAGCAGGAGUGGCCGCGCGCCGACCUGGGCGCGGCGUUCCGGGACGUCGAGCAGGCGUCGUUUGACAGGGUGUCCAAGAUGGUGGAGGAGAGCCAGGACAUGAUACGGAUGUUGUCGUGGCGCCGGUGGAGGGACAAGUUUACCUGGCGAUACGUGAUCCCGUACGUGCCCGACUCCGUUCUUUUGAAACCCCACAGCAUGGCUAUUGUAGGAGGGGCCAGGCUGAAGGGGAAACAAUUCAGGCAUCCCAAUAUUGAGCACGCGUGGCCAUAUGACGAUGAAUAG